AUGUGUGCAUACUAUGCCAAGAUAUUAUCUGAAAGAUCUACCAAGGGUCAACAGUUUAUAGAUUCGGAAAUGGUUGAUAUCCACGUUGGAAAGGAUGAGGAUUCGGGUCACUUCCAGCUCCACAAAUCGAUUCUCUGUGAAAAAGUUCCAUACUUCGAAAAGAUGUUCAAUGGAAAUUUUGAAGAGGGCACAACUAACUCCGCAACUCUACCCGAGGAUGAUCCCGAAGCUUUCAACAUACUUAUUUCCUGGAUUUACUCAGACCAAGUGUUCCCGGUGGGACUAAGAGAGUGCACACAUGAGACAUGGUGCGUUGGAAAACUAUAUUUGUUAGCAGAUAAGCUCUGUCUUCCCGACUUGAUGGACCGAAUAUUAGACGAACUCACAUUCAGCAUGGACAAGGAUAAUUGGAUGCCGAACAUUACUAUGAACACUCCACUCAGCGUUCCACUCAGCGUUCAGAAUCUCUACAAAUGCUGUCCCCGCGAGAAUUGUGGUAUGUUUCGACUCCUUGUCUCUUUGAUGUGCCAUCUACUAUGCGAAACGUACAAUGCACAUUGCCUGGAGACUUGGCCAACAGAAGAGAUUGACUCGUUUCUCACAUGCCACGACGACUUGAGACAUGAGGUUUUCAAGAUGAUGAGGACCGAACGUGAGCACACAACUUUCAGCGAGCAGUUGUUCAAACCAGGAUGCCGGGUUCAUGAACAUGGAGAGGACCAGCCUUGUUCUCAGCUCUACAGAAGAGCAAACAAGCAAACGGAGCAAGAUUCGUGA